UUCAUCUUCACGCAGCUGCCUUACUUAAUGCUGCGGGUGGCUUUUAUACAUACUUUUUUAAAGAAAUAGUUAAGUUACAUACGUACCUUUUGUACGUUUAAUUUGAAUGCAUGCACCGGUACGGAGGUAAAUACAUACGUUGGUUCGAAAUGUAGGUGGUUCGGUCACUCUCUCGGUAAGGUGCACCUAGAAAAAAAUAAAGGAAGACGUCUUAAUCAGAACAAUCGCGCAAAGUAGUGUGGACUAUUAUUGCGAGGAAGAAUAAGAGACGGUGGAUUGCAAAGGCAGUUUUCACCAAGACGUUGACUUUGAGAGAUCAGUGCAGUGCAAACGGAGUGGCGUGGGUAUUGUUGAUUUUGUGGGGAUUUUUAGUGAGGUGUGGUUAUUAUUGUGAUGUGAAAAUUGGGAUAGAUUUGCAAUUUGUGGGUGCAUGAUGAGUUGAAUUUUUGUGAAUAUUAGUAAAAUGAGGGACGACGGGAGUGACAUGACGAGGAGGAGAAUGGACUCGAAAAAACUUGUGACCAUCUUGUUCCUCUUGAUAAGGACAAUUCCCCCAAUUUUGGGACAGGAAGGUGAUGUGAAUGUGACCAGUGGAAGAGAAGGGGGGAGCGAUGUGGUCGUUGUAUUUAGUGACAGUAGUGGUGAAAGCAGUGGUAGUGAUUUUAGUGGGGGUGAUGAUUCCGUGAGUAAUGAAACUACGAGUAGACCAAUUCCGGAAGUGGCGAAUGCGACAACGGAGUCGAAUUUGGUCUUAAGUGUGUCCACGACUCACGACCAUGAAACGAAUUUAUCUACAUCACCGCUUCCCACGAUAAAUUCAUCUUCGUCGACGGAAACUGUGUCACUAGAUCCAAACCCACCCUCCACUCCGGAACCCGAAUUGCCACCCCUCCCACCCGAAAAACUGCAACAAUCUCCGCUUGCUUCCCUCAUCUCAUCCGGGAGUUCGGAAAGUUUACAAAACUUUUUAAAAACGCGAGGUUUUGCUUUCUCUCCGGGUGACGCGCCACCCGAUCCCGUCGAGCUGAAUGAACUGCUCGCUCGUUUAAAACCAAAACAAGGUCGUUUCGACCCCGCUCUGCUGGACAUUAUAAACAACGGAUUUUUACCUUCUCAUUUGAAUAUUUUCGGAAAUAAAAAUAACAAUAAACCAGAAAUUCCACCACCACCACCACCGGCACCGCAGGUAAACGACGCCGACAACAUCUGGUCCCCCUCUCUCCCCCCGAAGGGAAAACCCCAUCGCGGCGUGAGGAACAGAUUCUCGUCAAAAUUUAGUAAACCAAGUAAUCAAACACGCACAACACAUACCACGACGACACUUCCACCGCCCGAAACCGCGCCACGACCCGAACAGCAACCCCACCUCCCCGGACCGACAUCCUCUCUUCAACCCUUUGCCCACAUUACAGACCCAAAUCUGCGCAACCAUCGCUUAUACGAUUGGGAGUUGGAGAAGAAUUUCACCUCCAUCGACCAAAUGGAAGAUCUUCUCGCGGACAGUUCCGAAACUUAUGUGACCGUCGUGAAAAAACCAUCAGGAUCGGGAGAGAAUGAGCCUCCCGGAAAAAUUUCGGAGGUCACGACACCCGGCUGGAUUCCUAGGCCAAGACCGAAAGAUUACACUUAUCCCCCCGUGCGACCAAUUUCCAUGGAGGGGACGCAAUUCGAUUCCAGCGGUGAUUUACAGCUCCCUUCCGAUACAUUUCUCAAAUUGGGGGGAGGAUCAGAAUCUGCCGGGGAUUUAGAGGAGGACGAACCACCGUUCAAUCUAUUGCGACCACGACCCCCAAAAACACGACCGAGAGAACCGUUGAGGGAGAGUUCGACGGAAAACUUGGUUUUUAUGCAUGGCCAAGAUAAGCGACGAUACGACGAGAACGGGGUCCGCUCGCAGGAAGUGGGUUCCGAUAAGCGGAAAAACUUUCGACCCAGCCCGACCGAUAAGGUGGGUGUAUCACCGCCCGUGUUUGUCGACCCUGAUCAAGACUUCUUCACCUCCACGAUACGAAAUUACGACACGAAACGGGACACUAAUAGUAAUGACGAGCCGCCCAGUUUUAUCCGACCCAUGCGCCGACCACAAAAGGGGAAAGGGGGAAGCAAAGAUGUGAACGGAUACAAGCGGAAAAGACGUCCCAUUUCGGAGGAGGCGAUUACCGACUUGGACCGAGAUCCGAGACCUUAUCCACCCCCAGACAAUCUUGAGGAUAGCAACGAUUACCGUGAUCAUCGCGACAGACCAACCCCAAUUCCAAGCAGGAGUCAGGAAGACGACUUUACCAGAAAUAACAAUAAAUUUACCCCGACCCGAAAAUCUGAUCGGAUCCUGACGCAUCCGGAUGAUUUAAACGGGAAUUCUGAAUCCGAGGUGAAUCCCGCUUAUUAUAAUUUCUACCCGGUCAGAUCCUCACAAUUCGGACCGGCCUCGAAUGAACGGGGACAACCGCUGUACCCGGGAGAUAAUUAUGCGCAAAGUGAUACCGGAUAUGUCGACGGGGGAGGACCGGAGGAAUACCAAGAGAAUAAUGGUAACUACCCGGGUAAAUCUUCAUCUCCGAUUAUUGGUCAUAAUGGCGAGCAGAUUUAUGCGGGUGGGUACGACGACAAGUUUCACCACCCUUUUGCCGCGGCAGACAGUCAGCCCGAGUACAGCAGCUAUGCACCCAAUUCGAAUGAAGGGUGGUUAAACACUUACUGGAUUUUGGGCGGACUUAUCGCCCUCUCGGCGAUCUCGGCGUUUCUGAUUCCGACCUUGUUGAGCAAUAUGGGGCGAAAUGGCAAGAUAAGGAAUGAUCUCCAGGAUGAAAAUCUCGAGUAUGACGAUCAGACGAGCACAUCGUCGUCGUCUGGGUCUUCCACCCUCGCGUCGCUUUUUGGAAACAAGAAGAAGCCUGCGCCGUCAGAUGAUUACAACUCCGAUCCGACAGCAGAUUCUGAUUUGUGGACAGAAAUUAAGGGCGUGUAUGGCGACGUGGUUAAAAUCGUGAGGGGUGAUUAUGGCGGAAUUGUGGAUAAGUUGUCGGGUUAUGGGGGUACGAAGGAUAAGGAUAAGAUCGGCCCGAAUAUUGUGUACAGGGACGACAUUACCGAUGACCUUGGCUCCGACGCCAACGAUGAUGACUUCGACUACGAAACCAACGACAAACCCAACAAGUCCAAUAAACGGAACAAGAACAAGAACAAGCAAGACUUUGGGAAUCGGAAAGGAAAAGCGAAACCAAAAUCGAAAAAGAACCGUAACAUUACCUCCAGCAUAAAUUACGUCGUGUCCAACAGCAGUCCUGGAACGGUGGUGGUUUCCAGCAAAAAUGGGGUCGAGGUGGAAACGUCCCGUUCCGUCCCACCUCCUCUGCUGAACGACACCAUGGCGACGUUUUACUUGGGACCGUCCUCGUCCUCGAGACCGUUGUCACUCUUCCCCUCGCCACCACAACCUCCUCCCCCGUCGCCAAUGUCGGACGGGUUUCUCGGAGAGUGGGCAAAAGUGCAGUUGAUCGGGAGUUGAAGAACUAGAUGAGAUGAGGGAGAAUUUUUUUGGGGGAUGAAAAUGUUGCCAAGUUCUAGUUCAUAAUUAUCUCUUUUUUCGCAAUAUUUUUUGCCCAUUUUUGUCUCAGCGUUAAUUAAGAGGUUGUUAAAUUAGUGCAUUAUGGUAUUUAGUUAAGAUUUUAAGGUAGGAAAUGGGUUUGCUUAAAUUUUAGUGACAUGAUUGUAAAUAUGUAUAAUGGGUGUUAUGAAUAAAAAUUAGUAAACGUAAAAUUUCACUAAUUUCAAAAAUAUAAAA